AUGGGAAAGCAGAACGCGUUCUUCAUCGCCUUCCUCACAUGUUUUUUCCAGAUCGGCCCCAUCUUCACGAUGCCUGUAGCAGGCGCGUUAUGCACAUCAUCUCUUGGCUGGUCAUCUGUCUACUAUCUGCAUGCCAUUAUUACCUGCAUUUUGUUUCUGUUGUUCCUCUACUUUUAUAGAGAACAACCGCAAAUGCAUGCGUUCGUGUCUGCGAAAGAACUGGAUCGCAUUCAACGUAACAAAGGAAGCACAAACGAGAAAGAGCCGUUACCCGUCAAGGCCAUUGUGACAUCAAACGCUAUCAUUGCCGUAUGGAUAUCGGCUAUUGCUAAUUUUAUGGGCAUACAAGUUACCAUGCAAUUCUCUCCAAUCUACCUCAACAAAGUCAUGGGUUUCCCAGUGGAACAAACCGGUCUGUUCAGCGCCAUACCGCAGAUAGUGACAUUCGUGCUGAAGAUGUUUGCCGGCGUUCUGGCCGACAAGGCCACAUGUUGUCGACCGGUCACCUCCGUGAAGAUCUUCAAUCUGUGGCCAUUGGAGGCAUGGGAAUUGCAUUCUUUAUACUCGCCUGUUAUACCAACGUAUGUGUGGAUAGUGCAUGGUGUCGUAAUGAGCAUCUGCAACGUCUACUUCAUGUUCUUCGGUAAGGGCGAGCCAGCCGAAUGGACAAAACCCGGCUACGGGAACAGAGUAGCGCCUUCGGCUCCUGCGCUUCCUGCAUUGCUCGGGACAGAUCCAAAGAAUGAUCAAUUUUCGAUGGAUUUGAAUGACAAGAUCUCCGUCUACGUGCAGACCACUGGCCCGUCACCGUGCGACGCAUGCGGUGGUCAACGUGGUGACCGUACGCCUUCGCCGGCCAUCAGCGACCAUAACGUGGACACAGGCCAAUUCUUCCGCCAAAAGGGUGGUCUCCUCCUUCUGCUAGCGACGCUUUUGACUCGUUAG